UAUCCCCGACGUAAACAAACCCUCACAGCUGCUCAAAAUCGUGUCUGCGAAAAUGAACAUCUUGAGACCUCCAACAACAUGGAUAAAUGGUCGUUGUUAUCGCAUAAUUAGUCCCGUGUCAAGCCAGGUGACAACUGGAUAUAUGGAAGAGGAUGCCUAUGGAUUUGAAGAUGCAGUAUACCAGGAUGAGGUAGAGUGUGGUGGGGAACUUCCUGAAAUUCAAGUUGAAGUGCUGAAGAAUGGAAAAUUCCAAACUUCGAUACCCGUUCCAAGCACAUAUUUUUCAUACAUCAUUGGAGCAAAAGGAGCUACAAAGAAAAGAAUUGAAACAGACACAUACACGAAUAUUCAUAUACCUGGAAAAGGACAAGUCGGAGAUAUUGUGGUGGUCGGGAAGGAUAUGAAGACUGUGCGUCAGGCGCGAUUGAAAGUUGAAUUACUAGUGGAUCAGGCUCGGAAAAAACAGCCAUUCACACAUUUCCUGUCGAUACCUUUUAACAAGCCGAAUAUUCAAGAGAAGUUCUUGGAAUUUAAGAAAGGAGUUCUUGAGAAAUGUGGGGAAAGCAGAGGUGUCGAUGAAUCUAUAUUCCAGGAUCCUAAUAAGCUUCAUUUAACAUUAUGUGUGAUGGUGCUUGCUGAUGACCGGGAACGGCGUCAGGCUGUCGAAACUCUCAAUAUGUGUCCCGAAAAUGUCUUAAAACGACUUUUAGCUGGAGAAAAACUACGCUUAGAAAUGAAAGGAAUUGAAUACAUGAACGAUGACCCGGGUGAAGUGGAUGUAUUAUAUGGCCAAGUAAAUGCUCUGAGCUGGUCGCAUUCUCUCCAGACGAUAGCAGACUCUCUGGUUGAGGAAUUUGUCAAGGCCGGUUUAGUAACCAAACAGUAUGAAAGAGUGAAGCUGCACAUAACCCUGAUGAAUACAAUCUUUAGGAGAGAUUCAGAUGGAGUCACAGAAGCAAAGGCUGGACGGGACCGUGAAACUUUCUCAGCACGACAAAUCUUGGAGGAAUUUCAAGACUAUUAUUUUGGAGAGAUGGAAAUCGAGGAGGUCCACCUUUCUGUCCGUUACACAACUGCCAAUAAUGGAUUCUACUCUGCGUCGGGAAAGAUACAGGUGUUGCCCGCAGCCGAGGGGUAGUCUAGAGAUUAGAAGAAGAUUUUGUUAUCUCUUGCUGUGAUGAAUAAUACCUAAAAUAUGUGAAAAAUUGGAUUUGAAGGGAUUAUUUUUAUGUUGGUAAUAAUGUAGCUGUGCAAAUUAUGUUAAUGUUGAUGGUAAUGUAUCAUUAUGUGUUAUAUCACUCGCAUCAUUUUAUUCGAGGUGGGGGCAGUCCUCAAUUAAGAAUAGUGGCCUACAAGGGUAUCUUGUGAAUUAUUUUCCAGAAUUGUAAAGUUAUCUGUAUUCAAAAUUUUAUUUGGUUAAAAUCAUUGAAAAUCUAGAUUCACAGUAAGCUGUGAAAUGAAAAUGUUUAAAUUUAUUACUUUGAAUUAUAUGAAGAAAAUUUA